UGAACGGUUGAAGAGCUAAAAUGGAUGUCCGUUUUUUUGGCUUUCUGGAGAGAUAGGGUUUGGUUAGCGCUCAAUCCAGGCUGUUUUUAACUGAAAAACAACUAUACUACUAUAAAGAAACUGUUCAUUGGGUUCUGAAGACUCGUUCAGAUGGUGUUCUUGAUUCAGAGUUUAUCAACCGUCUUGACAUUGAUGCAUGUUUUCGAGAGUUAAUGUUAGCAUGAUCACAACUACACGAGAAGACUGAUCAAUAAUUUGAAAGGUGGUGAUGGCAGAGCGUCGCCUGGAGUGCUCCUGGAAGAGGCACGUCGUAGAGCAGCUCAAACAGAGGGACCGUGUCCAGCGGCAUGCCUUUGAGGAGAUCAUCCACCAAUAUAACCGUCUCUUGGAGAAGUCAGACCUACAGACUGUGCUUUCGGAAAGAUACCAGUCAGACAAAUAUGACCUUCAAAACAGACACGACAGUAGCCCAGGGCUUGACUUGAGUCGCAAUGACUCAUUGCAGCAGGAGAUGGCCCAGAUGCGGAUCAGGCACCAGGAGGAGCUGACUGAGCUUCAUAAGAAACGUGGAGAGCUGGCCCAGAGUGUGAUUGAGUUGAACCACCAGAUACAGCAGAAGGACAAGGAGAUUCAGAGCAAUGAGGCCAAGAUGGAGGAGUACCAGCGGCAGAUUGCAGAGCUGGAGGGAGAGUGCCGGGAGCUGCGAGGCAAACUGCAGGACCUGGAACAGGCCAACCAGACUCUGAAGGACGAGUAUGACGCCCUGCAGAUAACCUUCGGCGCCCUCGAGGAGAAGCUGCGGCGCACCACGGACGACAACCAGGAGCUGGUGUCGCGUUGGAUGGCAGAGAAAUCUCAGGAGGCCAACAAGCUCAAUGCGGAGAACGAGAAAGACUGCAAACGCAGGCAGGCAAAGCUUCAGAAAGAGCUUGCAGAGGCUGCGAAGGAGCCUCUUCCCUUGGACCCGGAUGAUGACAUUGAGGUUCUAGCUGAAGAUUCUGGUAAGGGCACUGGAGAGACCUCUCCCAACCGACCACUCAGCCGCACCCCCAGUAAACGUGUCUCUGGACAGUCUCCUCAAAGCAGCCUAUUGGGCUCAAUCUCAAACAUAUUUGGCGUGUCUGAGUCUGUGCAGCCCGGACUCGUCCUCCCUCCAGACUCCAGGCGUCGUCCCGGGAAUUCGUAUGGCAGCUCCCCUGAAUGCACGGAGACGCCCUCUGGAGUAUGUGCCGAUGUUCGUGUUCCUGCCACGGCCCUCCAUGUGUUUGAAGCCCAUGAUGGAGAGGUAAACGCAGUGCGGUUCAGCCCAGGCUCCCGACUCUUGGCUACGGGUGGGAUGGACCGCAGGGUGAAACUCUGGGAGGUGGUCUCCGGUCGCUGUGAGCCAAAGGGGGCUCUGACUGGCAGUAACGCUGGGAUCACCAGUAUUGAGUUCGACAGUGCAGGCUCUUACUUGCUGGCGGCAUCCAAUGAUUUUGCCAGCAGGAUCUGGACUGUGGAUGACUUCAGAUUACGGCACACACUCACAGGCCACAGCGGGAAGGUUUUGGCGGCCCGCUUCCUUCUAGACAAUGCUCGCAUAGUCUCUGGGAGCUACGACCGGACCCUGAAACUGUGGGACCUGCGCAGCAAAGUCUGCAUGAAAACUGUGUUUGCUGGGUCCAGCUGUAAUGACAUUGUAUGCACAGAGCAGUGUGUCAUGAGUGGCCAUUUUGAUAAGAGAGUGCGGUUCUGGGACAUCAGAGCAGAGAGUAUAGUUCGGGAGUUAGAGCUCAUGGGCCGAGUCACAUCUCUUGACCUGAACCACGACCGCACCGAGCUGCUCACGUGCUCCAGGGACGACUUGGUCAAGAUCAUCGACUUGCGUAGCAACGCAGUCCGUCAGACCUUCAGUGCUCAGGGCUUCAAAUGUGGCGCUGACUGGACCAGAGUCACCUUCAGUCCAGACGGUAGUUAUGUGGCCGGCGGCUCUGCAGAUGGAGCACUGUACAUUUGGAACGUCCUGACGGGCAAACUGGAGCGCACCUUGGACAAGAACCACAGCUCAGCCAUCAACUCUGUCUCCUGGUCGCCAUCAGGAGCCUACGUGGUCAGCGUGGAAAAGGGCUGCAAGGCUGUGCUGUGGUCUGAUAUGUGAUUGUCUACACUCUGCUCUGGCUGUUUGCCGUUUUACUUUUCCUCUGUAGAACAGUCCUGAGAGACAGACUUUGGAAAGAAGAUUCCCUAGCCCUGCCCUUUAACAGCCACCCCUGAAACACUGCCUCAUUGGCAUUAGAAGAUUCUGUACUAAGAAUUCUGUACUAAGGCUGGUGGGUUCCUGUUUGAGUUCAUCCAAUGGCCUAUGGGUGGCAGCGGGGAGAUGGUGUCAAGUUGCAAGUGUCACUGUAAAUGAAGUAAACCUUAAUCAUGUGAGUUUGACAAUAUAUCCUACUGAGGCAAGACAAUUACUAUGUCAUUUAUGAAAAUGACACACUGAAAUGAGAGAAGUUUUUGCCAAAUUGUUAAUAUAAACAGAGCUGAAUUGUCUGUUUGCAAUCAGACACACUGUGUUACAUAACCGUGGAAUGGGCAGAUGAUGUCUGUGUCUCCUGGUUUCCAUUUUGAAUCCGAUUCCUGUUUUUAGCCUUAAAGAGUGCAUCGCAGCUACAGAUAGGUUCCUGUCUUCAUUCAGAAGUGGUUUUAGCCAAUCUCCACCAUGUCAGUGUCCCAAAUGUCCUUUGUUUCCUUUUAGACAAUGCACUAUGUAGCUACAGCCCUGUUGGCCCUGGUCAAAGAUAGUGUGCUAUAUAGGGAAUAGUGCACCAAGCCGUUUAGGACCGCCCCUGUUUCGAACUGACAUGGAGGUGAUUGGUUUUUUCAAAGUGGUAGGGAGUAUCAAUUGAGGGUGAAGGUAAUCCAGAAACGCUGGGCUUUUCAAUGUGUUUUCUUUUUUUUCUUUUACUACCAACCGGGCCUGUUGAUUGUUUUUGUUAUAUCCCUGCACCCACAUGUCCAAAGAGUUUAAAUACUUCAACUCUGCUGGAACAAAAGCAUGCACACCUUGUGGGACCAGGUUUGAAAAACACUGUUGUAAUUAUAGUUGAUGCAUUACAAUGGAGAAGAUGCAUAAAGAUUACAGCCCUGUUUCUAA